AGCAGCAGCAGCAGCAGCAGCAGCAGCAGUGGUGGCGGUGGUGUUUUAACCAAAAAGGGGGACAAGGAAAAAAGCCACAUACAGCAAGAGCAAGAUGGCUUUCCCUGCAUUGAUAGGGAUUUAGCUUUAUGGUCAACUUUAGGCUCCGGGGAUUUAAGACAAAAGGGCUUGGCUCUUGGGCUUUCACAAUAGAAGACAGCAGCUCCAAAUGAGUGUACCUGCAGCAACGGCACAGAAAUCAGACGGCAACAACAGUGAAAUGCAAUCAGCUGCAGUGGCUCCCUCCUUCAUCCCCAGCCAGUCGGGGAAGAUACCAGGCAGGAAGAGAGGGAGACCCCCACUCCGCAAUGUCGCCAAGAUGGAUUUUCCUAACCGUUACCCGGAGUCGCUCCCGCCGCUCAAAGUGCCAAAGAAGAGGGGGAGAAAACCGGGCUUCAAGCUGAAACCGAGGAUGGUGAUGACACCGUUGGCUAUCUCCCCACCCAGCAGCACCCCUGAGCCCGAUAUGAGCUCCAUUCCUCAGGAUGCCGCCACCAUCCCCCACUCUGCCACGCCCCAGGUGCUUACAGUCUGUAUCUACAUAAACAAGCAGGCCAACACAGGCCCCAACCUGGACCGGAAGAAGAUCCAGCAGCUCCCCGAUCACUUCGGACCCGACAGGCCCUCCGUGGUUCUCCAACAAGCCGUCCAAGGUUGCAUCGACAGCGCCUUCCAGCAGAAAACAGUGUUCACCCUCCUCACGCAAGGCUACGGGGGAGAAAAAAUAUCAGCCACAUUUGAUGGGAAGCAGCACCUUCUCAGCCUCCCCGUGGUGAAUAGCAUCGACUAUGUGCUUCGUUUUCUCAAGAAGCUCUGCCGCAGCUUGCACUGUGAAAACCUCUUCAGUGAUCAGCCCAUUACCCAGCACAGUGGUGGCUCCUACCAGUCAGAUGCUGAAACAUCUAUGGCCGAGGACUACCAUCUAGACCAGUCUGAUGGCAAACGCUACUCCGUGGACCCGGGCGAUUCGGCUUUCAGCUCCAUAAGCUCGUCCUACUCGCCAAAGUCCUCCUAUGGGUUUCGUUCGUCACAACAGUUCUCCAACGGCUCGGCCUCCAUGAACAUGUGCCGGCAGUCGUCCACCAGCCCAAACACGUUCCCAGAGAGCAACAGGACAGGAGGUUACAAUGCAUCUUCAGAGUCCCAGGAGUCCAAGGCUCCACCCAAUAAAGACCCAUCUACCUGGUCUGUGGAAGAUGUUGUCUGGUUCAUCAGGGAUGCAGAUCCCCAGGCUCUCGGCCCUCAUGCAGACGUCUUUAGGAAACAUGAGAUAGAUGGAAACGCUUUGUUGCUCCUAAAGAGCGACAUGAUCAUGAAGUACCUUGGACUGAAGCUGGGGCCAGCCUUGAAGCUUUGCUACCACAUCGACAAACUAAAGCAGACUAAGUUCUGAAAACCUGCGACCAUUUUCUCCCCUCCCUGAAUCCAACAGUACAUUUGAAACAUCCAGGUCUGUGAACCAAUGGGAGGAAGGUGCAUCUCUUCCUUUAGCAUUCCACCAGAAGUAAGAUCCAUCACUAAUUUUCUCUGCCACAAAUUUUUUAAAAAUCAGCUGGAAUUUAAAUAAAAAUCUAAGAAAGAGUGUUCAAGUGUUACCGGGCAGAUAACUUCAACUUCAAAAACUGUUGCUUAUUUACACAUCCAGCAGCUAUUAUCACUCAUUUGGAGUCUUUUAGCUCUGUUUUUGGUCUCUUCCAACAUCUGGAAACAUCUGGAAACAUCUGGCCCUUUAGCUGCUGAAUGCUGCACUAUGUUCACUUGCUACUCGCUUCACUGUUUGGUGCUGAGCAGAUCAUGUAAAGCUGCGCAACUUGCGGCUGAAAAUGAUGCCAUGUGAACAGUGAAAGUGAACCAAGGCAGUAAAGCUGAACUCUAAAUGUUCAAAUUUGGUUAAAUACCACUAAAGGAAGUGACUCUCUUCCCCCAUUGUGCUCACAGACCGGGUCCCGAAGAUUUCCAUGAUGUCAUGUAGUGAUAAUCGACAAAUUCACCCCUGUCUUUCUUCUUUCUCUCUCGUCUCUUCUCUUACUUACUUACUUACUCGACUUUUGGCACAGAUUUUGAACUGAAAAACCGUCAGAUUGUGGAAUGCAUCCUUCAUACACACGUUAACUAAUGUAAUCAGUAAAAGACAGGCCAGCGUUUGUCUCACGAACCUUCACGAGCAGCACAUCCGUCUGCUGCAUGCAGAUUUCAUCCUAUAUAUAUUCAUUAUCUGACAAGAAAUGUAUAACAGAAAACACUUUAUACCUUUAAAAAAAAAAAAAACUUUCACGUUGUCAAAUCUCACUAUAGGAUCUUGUUUACUUGCAUCUACCAAGCUGAAAACAUAUCUAUAACUGUAACAGGUGCAUUAAAUACUACAUUGCUUUUUGAUUGAGAGAUUUAGAAAAUCAUUUUGAUACUAUUUUUUCACAUUACUAUGUAACAACAAAAAAAAAGUAAUGUUCCCAUUGGAUUUGUCAUUCUUUUUUAUUAUAAUUUUAAUAUUUAAAAAAAACAAAAACAGUAUAACCUAAACAAAACGUAGCCUACAUAGAGAGACAGUAGAUCUCUUGUUAGUAUAUAUAUAAAGGAAAAUGACAGCAUUGUGAACAUGAUAUAUUUAUGUUGCGAUAUGCAAGAUUGUUACACGCCUGUUAUCUCUGUAGGCUCUUCAUGUAUGCUCAUAUGAACGUUUUUUUAAAUUCAUAUGUUUCUAUGUUUUUAUCAAGCAUCGGUGUUGAUACAAAAGUUGUCAAAACACACUAAACAGUUAAAUGUUACACUGAGAAAACCUAAACGGCCAUGUAAAUGGGUAUAUAAUAUAGUAUUGCUUUUGUAUACCACUUUUGGUGUACAGUAUGCAUCAUUUUUUAUUCAAUUAACCUUUGUAAGUGAAUGCUGCUGUAAAGAUAUUACAUGUAAGCCAUGCCUAGUGAGAUCAAGCUAAGGUGUUUUAUUUUGAAAAUCACUAUGAAUAAGAGUUUUAGAGAAAGCUGAGUGGAUCAGAACUCUAUGCUGGUGCUAAAGUUAUCUAUGUAUUUAACUGUUUGCCUUUGUGUUUGUGAGAUGUAAAGGAAAUCUUAUGUGUAUACUGUACUGUAUGUGAGUAUUAAAUUAAGAAAUCAAGUAAUCAGA